AUGAUAAUUCACAGCACGAAAACCAGUAAGAAACAUCUUAGAGAAAAGGCAUAUAUGGUUGAGAAAGAAAAUUCUCAUUCGUUGCCAGAUUGGGCAGCGGAAUUGGAGGAAUAUGCAGGUCUUGUGCAAGACUUUUUUUUGUUUCCACAAAUCGUUGGAAACUUAAUCUGGCAAAUCAAUUGUAAACCACUGAGGAAGCUGUAUUUCAUCGGAAUCACUCUAAUAAGACUUCUUCCUCAUGUAUAUGACUACGUUCGAGCUCCGGUUCCAAAUCCUUACUUUACCGAGGACUCAGAAUUUAUCAAUCCAAGUUUGGAUUUUUACUCAAAAUUCGGUGACAUUGCUAUCCCCGUGACUGCAAUUAUUCUUGCAAUUUUGGUCUAUAUUCAACAAAGAUUGGGCUAUGGCAAGUUGAGUGAGGUUCUGACAUUUGGGCGAUAUAAGCUUCUUCCAAGUUUCAGAUAUCAAAGGUUGGAUUCUAAGUCCUCUGAAACAGAACUAGUUUCAGGCAUCAAUGGUAGUGGUGAAAAUGAGAAAGAACAAGAUGAUGUAGAAUGA